CCGCAUUGGACAACUUUGCGUGUCUUUGUGCUGUAUAGCCAAAAGGUGAAAAACAUUCACAGCACCAUGCUGCGCUCUACCGCAACUGGUGUGGCCCUGGCCGCCCGCCGCUCGCUCUCGACCAGCCGAGUGGCUGCUCAGCGCCUUCGCUUCUACGACUCGGCCGAUGACGCCGUCGCGGACAUCCAGAAUGGCUCCAAGCUGCUUGUGGGCGGUUUCGGUCUCUGCGGUAUUCCCGAGAAUCUUAUUGGCGCGCUCAACGCCCGCAACGUCAAAGAAUUGACCUGUGUCAGCAACAACGCCGGCGUCGAUGAUUUUGGACUGGGUCUCCUCCUGAAGAACAAGCAGAUUAAGCGCAUGAUCUCGUCCUACGUCGGUGAGAAUGCCGAGUUUGAGCGCCAGUACAUCAAUGGCGAGCUCGAGGUGGAGCUGACUCCCCAGGGCACCCUUGCGGAGCGCAUCCGUGCCGGUGGCGCCGGUGUGCCUGCUUUUUUCACUCCGACCGGCUUUGGCACCGUGAUUCACGAGGGUGGUGCCCCCAUCAAGUACAAGUCAGAUGGUAGCGGUGAGAUUGAAAUCCCCUCCGCCCCGCGCGAGCACCGCCAGUUCAACGGCAACGACUACAUCAUGGAAGAGGCCAUCACCGGCGACUUUGCCCUCAUCCGCGCCUGGAAGGCCGACAAGGCCGGCAACCUCGUCUUCCGAAAAACCGCCCGCAACUUCAACGCCCCCAUCGCCCGCGCUGCCAAGAUCACCAUUGCUGAAGUCGAGGAGAUUGUGCCCACUGGCACCCUGGACCCCGAUGACAUUCACGUCCCCAGCGUCUACGUGAACCGCAUCAUCAAGGCCCCCUCCCUCGAAAAGCGCAUUGAGCGUUUGACCCUAUCCAAGGAAGACGGUGGCCGCCAGGCGCCUGCCGCUGGCAGUGCCGCCGCCAAGCGUGAACAAAUCAUUCGCCGCGCUGCCCUUGAAUUCAAGGACGGCAUGUUUGUCAACCUAGGCAUUGGCAUGCCCAUGCUGGCCUCCAACUUCAUUCCCGAGGGCAUCACCGUCACUCUUCAGAGCGAGAACGGCGUCCUUGGUCUGGGUCCCUUCCCCCGCCCCGGCCAAGAGGAUGCGGACCUGAUCAACGCUGGCAAGGAAACGGUCACCGUUCUUCCCGGCUCCUCCUUCUUUGGCAGUGAUGAAUCCUUUGCCAUGAUUCGCGGUGGUCACAUUGACCUCACCGUCCUCGGUGCCAUGCAAGUCAGCCAGUACGGUGACUUGGCCAACUUUAUGAUUCCCGGCAAGAUGGUCAAGGGCAUGGGCGGCGCCAUGGACUUGGUCUCCGCCCCCGGAUCCCGCGUGGUCAUCACGAUGGAGCAUUGCGCCAAGAACGGUGGUCACAAGAUUCUUGAAAGCUGCAGCCUGCCGCUGACCGGCCCAAGCUGCGUCGAUCGCAUCAUCACUGAAAUGGCCGUCUUUGAUGUGGACCCCAAGAAGGGCCUUGAGCUUGUCGAGGUGGCCGAAGGCAUCUCCGUGGAUGAUGUCAAGGCGGCCACUGGCGCCCCCUUCAAGGUGUCGGACAACCUCAAGACCAUGCCCCUCGCCUAAAUGGCCUGACAAACACACGCAAAGGCACCGUACCCACGCACACGUUGCCCCCCUUGCCAUCACCACUCGGCCUUCUCCGCCUAUUACGCCUUCUUGGACUAGGCUUUUGAACGAAUCCAAUUCUCAACAACAUCCAACUCUCCUCUCUCCUCUCUCUCCUCUCUCUCCUCUCUUUCUCAAACCGACCAAACCAAUUCAAUUCUCUCCUCUCUC